AUUUAAUUCAUAAAGAAAUGGGUUGUUAAUGUUGUAAGGAUGAAGAGAGUGUUAAAGAUAGAAAAUAAAGUGAAUUACCAGAUAAUUGGAAUCCUAACAGAAUUGACAUUAUCAAUAGCAAAACUAAAGUCAAAGUUGUAUAUUCUUAAGCAGAUUCUUCAAAAAUUGAUGGAAACAUUUUUGCUGUAAGUACAAAAGGAUUAUCCCCUUUAUUUUCUAAUUAAAUAAUAAACUUUGUGUAAGAUUGUCUAAAGGAAAAUGAUGGAGCAUUUGAAUAUGGAAAUUGUUAUUAAAUUUCCAUCAAAGAAAAGAAAUUAUUUCUUGUAUGCAUUCCUAUGUGGAGGGGUGGUUAAUUUAAUGAAAAGAAACUUAUUGAGACAGCUUUUGAGAAGUUAUCGAAAUAAGUAAAGGAAUCAUCUAUAAAAUAAAUUGUUAUUGAUGAAGUGGGUGUAAGAUAUUUUGGAUAUCCAAGAUAAGUAAAUUUAUGAUAAUAUUUAUAGAUAAUUAUAUCAAGUUUGAUACAUUCAUUUAAAAAGUUUAUUUAAGAAGAGACAUAUUUAGAAUAAAUCAUAUAUACUUCAAAUGAUAGAGCAACUAUAGCUAUGAUUGAAACUUAACUCAAACAGACUCAUCCUGAUCUAUUUAAAGAAGAUGAUAAACUAGAUAUCAAAGCAAUCGGAAAAAAGAAUGCUAAUGAUGUUACUUCAGAUUUAGAAUAACCUUUAUUAGCAGAAUGA